AUGGCGCGAAUUUUGAACUUGCAGGAGCAACAAAUCAAAGUUUGGUUUCAGAAUCGUCGAAUAAAGCGGAAAGAGGAGAUCGAUGAUAAAGAAAUUGGACAGAGACAAACAUCGAAUGUACCUGCCAUACACGUUGCGCCGCCAAAUUACAUCGUGCCUGUAACUUCAAGGAACUUCCGGGCUCCGAUGCAGGCUAAUCACUCUUAUGUAAAUGCUCACAUCACUGCAAUGAAGAUUCUGGAGCAAGCAAACCAACAGAAGAAUCAGCAAACACCGCAACACUACACUCGACGCGUUUCGAUCCUACUACCACUAGAGCAACGGCAGUGGAGAUCGUGUCAUUACAGUUCACCAAAUGUAGCGGCCGAACAUCAAUUCGUCAACCAAGAAGCUGUCAUUCAAUCUCAUCAUCAUCAAACAUGGCAAAAGUACCAUGAGAAGCAGCAGGAAUCAACUCUUCGUGAUCAGAAUAAUUUUGAUGAAUGGAUGCUGGACAACACUGAUAUUGGUUUUGCAAACUAUUCGCUAUAA